CUGGAGCCACUUCCAUUACGUAAUGCCAUGCGAAGCACGUGUCUUGAUUCACUUCCCGGUCAAUCAUUUCAAAGUUGGAAUGUGUCUCCUAGUUUAAAAACCUCCAAAACCCAAGUUUCCAUAAAAUGGCACAUUGUUUGCGCCACAUUACCAACAAAUUUGUCUCAAUAACAUCAAUUAUCACUCCCAGGAGUCAUGUCAUCAAAUACGAAAAAACCAACCUCUCGAACAAGAACUAUUUAACCGAACAGUAUUCAACGCAAGUGAAAUGCGAGACGAGACACGAACCCGAGGAUUUCAACCCGAAGGCUUCGCUUGGUAAAAUUGGCGAUAACAGGGAGUGCUCCAGUGAUAUCGUCACCCGAGAGAAUAUAUUCAACGUUGACGAUUUUAGACGGCACUUAAUUAAUUUUAGUGUAGUUAAUUGUGUUCCCAACGAGAGUCAGGUUUCGUCAAAUAAGCCCCCACCAGAGAAGCUGAGCCGUGUCUACGACGUCUUGAUGAACACGCUUCCACACCUCUUCACCACAACCAUGGACUACAGCAUAUACCACCCAGAGCUGGUCUUCGAGAACAAUAUCAGGGGGACCACCACGGUCGGUUUGUACCACUACGUUAAACAGAUCGCCCUGUUGAGGACAGUGGGGCACUUGCGGUUCGCUUAUGUGAAACUGGAGGUCCUUAAAAUCACCAAACACCCCGAAGACUCCACUGUGAAGGUCAGGUGGCGCAUUCGGGGGAUUUCUGCCUUGAAAGUAAUGCUGACAUUUUGGAAAUACAAGCUGUGGAAUUUCCACGAGAUUUUUGACAAAACCGAAGCGUGGUAUGACGGUUUUUCCACGUUUUACGUCAACGCCGACGGCGAGGUGUACAAACAUGUGGCUGAUAAGAUGAUGCCCGAUUCUGACUCCGUAACGGAAAAGACAAGAGACACGGCGCUACCUACGGCCAAGUUGGCGCUGAUAACCGGCUUGAUACCGAAAUGUUCAGAUAUUUAUUCCAUUACUUGAACCUAUGGCUAGGUUAGCUCCGCCUGUAUUUAUUUAUAAAUUAAGUAUUAUUUUGUUAUAAAGCGAUUAUUUUAUAUUUGGAUCACCGCUCCGCUUGUCCCUAGAAUGUUAUGUGUUAAUAAAAUCUUCAAGGCUUU